UGAUAUUGUCGGCAUUAAAACAACACCCAGACUUCCCCGGACACUCAGUUUCUCGAUCGACCGACUAGAGAGCAGUCGCAAAGAAAAUAUUUUUAUUUAAAAAUGCAAAUUUUUUUUCGUAUUUUCGUAGUUUUUGUCGGAUAUGCUUUAUGUGAAAUUAAUGUUUAUGAAGACAAUUCUGUGGAAAAUGAUUCUAACGUUGAACACAAUCAAGACAUUGAUAACGAUUCAGAGUAUAAUUUGAAGGGGUUAAAUUUUACGGAAAAUUUCGAUUACACUUUUAUUAAAGGAAACGUCAAGUUAGAAUAUGCGUGGACUAAUUGCUAUUUUGAUAUUGGCGGUGUAAAAUAUUAUGACAAUAGUGACGUAGCAUUCAAAGAAGGCAGUGUUCAUUUUGUUGAAGAAGAACUGACCGAAGAAGAGAAAUUUUAUAUUAAAAAUAAUAACAGACCAUUCGCGAUCGAUGGCGGUUACACUGGACUUGGAUAUUUCAUUACAAUCCCAAGAACAGAACCUGGAAUACCAUCAACCAUUAAUGUCAUAGGUCGUGAUAAAGAAAUAUUCGUUAGUCCGGAUUUUAAACCAUUCGAUAACAAGCAAGUCGACAAAUUAGUUUCAGUUUAUAAAACCUUCUACGAUUUUUGUCAGAGACUAUGGAUGGUCGAUACCGGAUUGAUUGAUAUACCAGGUGCACGAAAACAAGUGAAACACCCUUCACUAGCAGCUUAUAGACGGGGCACUGAUCACUUGAUAUUCAGUUUUGACAUAAGCCCUGCAGUGCUGAUCAACGGUACAGCUACUGAAGGUCUAAUGAUAUUAGGCGUAGACACUAGUCGAGGUAAAUGUAAUGACACAUUCGUUUAUAUAACGGAUCAAGCUACAGGCGGAAUAAUAGUAUUUUCAUUAGAAGACGCUGCUUUCACACGGCUCAAUGUUACUGAUUUAAAUCACUUCUCGACGGAUUCGCCGUACUUUGACUUCCCGCGAGUGCCAAUAAACUUUAUAAAAUACACAUUGGCAUCGAAUUUAACGACUGGAAGAGAACGUUUGAAGUCAUUUACUGAUAUCAUGAUGUCUACUCGUGGAUCUGAGGCUACGAACUUAUGGGAAAGCGAACUGGAAAAUUUUGAUAUCGAUCUUUUUGAGAAACGAAAAUUUUUGUUCUCUCUCAGCAUGGGUACCAAUAACCUAAUAUUUAUUAGCAAAGCGAGAGACGGUAUACUAUGCUGGAAUCUGGACACUGAAAUGAUACCUGAGAACGUCCAUGAAGUAGCAAAGCUAAAUUUCACUUCAUCGCUUUACAUCUCUGAUGUCCUAGUCGUUGGAGGGACUUUGAAAAUUUUGCUUAACAGAAAGUUGAAUUCACCACAAUAUCAGGAUCCCGACCAAUGGAACUAUUACAUGUACACGUAUGUAAAAGUUUUUUUUUAUAUGAUGAAACUUUUAUUUUCUUAUCUGAGAAUCCUAGAACCAGAUAGAAGUAUAGAAACUACGUAUUUUGUGCUCAAUUUCAAUAGCUUGGGUCUUUUCAUUGGAAAACCACUUGUAUUUUUCCUUUUCGCACCAAAUUAGGACUAUCUGAACCCAUUUGUCUCAAAUGUGGACAAUCAAUGUGGACAAAUCAAUGAAGAUAUCAGUGCUCGUGGCCCACCAGGUCUUAACUGGCUACCAGUGCUCCUGAACAUCACAACGUGAAUUCCUUCACUCACCUUGAGAUGUCAAGUUGUAAAAAAGUUGUUCCGCCUUUCAAACCGAAACGCAUGAGUACUGUGGAGUAGAACUAGAUAAGAUGGAGUAACUAUCCGAGGUUUAUAAAGGACCUACGAUCUCAAUGGCGAUAACCAUUAAUGAUCGGGUGAGCAGGUUCUAACUAUAACGGAAAACAGAAAAAAAAUUUCCUACAACUGUACAGUUUUUUUGUUUUUUAGGAUGAGUUUUGAUAGUGCUAUUCAAGAUACAGCGUGCUUUCAGAAUAACAAGCAUUUUAAUUUAUAUUAUAGAUACUUUACAUAGGAAAGUAAAAUUUUACUAUAAAAAAUUGUUUCAUGAUUUCCUUGUUACAAUCUUAAGUGUAUAAGUUCUUGAGUACUAAGUCAAAAUAAAUAAAUAUUGGGUAAAUUA